UGCUGAGACUUCACCACGUGGUGAUGAGGAGACGUCACCACGUGGUGAUGAGGAGACGUCACCACGUGGUGCUGAGACGUCACCACGUGGUGCUGAGACGUCACCACAUGGUGAUGAGGAGUCUUCACCACGUGGUGCUGAGACGUCACCACGUGGUGAUGAUGAGACGUCACCACGUGGUGCUGAGACGUCACCACAUGGUGAUGAGGAGUCUUCACCACGUGGUGCUGAGACUUCACCACGUGAUGAGACUUCACCACGUGGUGCUGAGACGUCACCACGUGAUGCUGAGACGUCACCACGUGAUGCUGAGACGUCACCACGUGAUGCUGAGACUUCACCACGUGAUGAGUCUUCACCACGUGGUGUUGAGACUUCACCACGUGAUGCUGAGACGUCACCACGUGACGAUGAGACUUCACCACGUGAUGCUGAGACGUCACCACGUGAUGCUGAGACGUCACCACGUGAUGCUGAGACGUCACCACGUGAUGCUGAGACGUCACCACGUGACGAUGAGACUUCACCACGUGAUGCUGAGACGUCACCACGUGACGAUGAGACUUCACCACGUGAUGCUGAGACGUCACCACGUGAUGCUGAGACGUCACCACGUGAUGCUGAGACUCCACCACGUGACGAUGGGGUGGAGUCGAUCUUGUGCAGCACGCAACUCACGGGUGAUGAUGGUGAUGAUGGUGGUGGUGGUGGUGAUGGUGGUGAUGGUGGACACGAGCAGAGAGUGAUGCCCGUGGCGCUGUUCCUACUGCCUGCCUGCCGCCUGAUGGUCGUGCUAAGGGGCGGCGGUGGUGGUGGUGGUGGUGGCGGUGGUGAUGGUGGUGGCGGUGGUGGUGGUGGCGGUGGUGGUGGUGGUGGUGGUGGCACCACUGAAGCACCACCCACCAUGACGAAGCCACAACCAGCGGAGUUCUACUGGGAACUCGACGAGCUGUGUGACGGCCUAUGGCACACCUACACGCUGAGCGUGCUGUGGCCGGCCGUGUCGCUGUUCGUGGACGGGGCGCCGGUCGACCCCUACCAGGUGUCGGACGAGUGGCCCUCAACCAGCAACAACAACAACCACAACAACAACAACCACAACCACAACAACAACAUCGCAGUCGCAGUCGGGGGCUGCAUUACAGGUGGUAAUGUGACUAGGAACAGGAAUGGAUCGACCCAUACAGAGCCUCUCACCUCUCACCACCUACGUGACACCGAGCUGACCCGCGUCAUCCUGCGCGCUGGAGCGACUGACAGCCGGCGUCUGAUUGGCUGUGCCCAGCGCUGCCUCGAGUAUCUGGAGCUGGAGGCCUUCACCACCUCGCUUAGCCAGGGCAUGAAGGUACUGAUCCUACUAAAGUACUAUAGUACUACUACUACUACUAUAGUACUAGUACUAUAGUAGUAGUAGUAGUCUGAUUGGCUGUGCCCAGCGCUGCCUCGAGUAUCUGGAGCUGGAGGCCUUCACCACCUCGCUCAGCCAGGGCAUGAAGGUACUGAUCCUACUAAAGUACUAUAGUACUACUACUAUAGUACUAGUACUAUAGUAGUAGUAGUCUGAUUGGCUGUGCCCAGCGCUGUUUGGAGUAUCUGGAGCUAGAGGCCUUCACCACCUCGCUUAGCCAGGGCAUGAUGGUACUGAUCCUACUAAAGUACUAUAGUACUACUACUAUAGUACUAGUACUAUAGUAGUAGUAGUAGUCUGAUUGGCUGUGCCCAGCGCUGCCUCGAGUAUCUGGAGCUGGAGGCCUUCACCACCUCGCUUAGCCAGGGCAUGAAGGUACAUGUGAGUGCCUCCCAGCUCUCCGUGACCCUACAGGAUGACCUAGGAGACCCUGAGACUAUAGUACUACUAUAGUACUACUGCUAUAGUACUGGUACUAUAGUAGUAGUACUGGUACUAUAACCACCGUGUGUCUCCCACAGGUACACGUGAGUGCGUCCCAGCUCUCCGUGACCCUACAGGAUGACCUAAGAGACCCUGAGACUAUAGUACUACUAUAGUACUGCUACUAUAGUACUGGUACUAUAGUAGUAGUACUGGUACUAUAACCACCGUGUGUCUCCCACAGGUACAUGUGAGUGCGUCCCAGCUCUCCGUGACCCUACAGGAUGACCUAGGAGACCCUGAGACUAUAGUACUACUAUAGUACUACUACUAUAGUACUGGUACUAUAGUAGUAGUACUGGUACUAUAACCACUCUCUGUCUCCCACAGGUACACGUGAGUGCGUCCCAGCUCUCCGUGACCCUACAGGAUGACCUAGGAGACUCUGAGACUAUAGUACUACUAUAGUACUACUACUAUAGUACUGGUACUAUAGUAGUAGUACUGGUACUAUAACCACUCUCUGUCUCCCACAGGUACACGUGAGUGCGUCCCAGCUCUCCGUGACCCUACAGGAUGACCUAGGAGACCCUGAGACUAUAGUACUACUAUAGUACUACUACUAUAGUACUGGUACUAUAGUAGUAGUACUGGUACUAUAACCACCGUGUGUCUCCCACAGGUACAUGUGAGUGCCUCCCAGCUCUCCGUGACCCUACAGGAUGACCUAGGAGACCCAGAGACUAUAGUACUACUAUAGUACUGGUACUAUAGUACUGGUACUAUAGUAGUACUGGUACUAUAACCACUCUCUGUCUCCCACAGGUACAUGUGAGUGCGUCCCAGCUCUCCGUGACCCUACAGGAUGACCUAGGAGACCCUGAGACUAUAGUACUACUACUAUAGUACUGGUACUAUAGUAGUAGUACUGGUACUAUAACCACCGUGUGUCUCCCACAGGUACAUGUGAGUGCCUCCCAGCUCUCCGUGACCCUACAGGAUGACCUAGGAGACCCUGAGACUAUAGUACUACUAUAGUACUGGUACUAUAGUAGUAGUACUGGUACUAUAACCACCGUGUGUCUCCCACAGGUACACGUGAGUGCGUCUCAGAUCUCCGUGACCCUACAGGAUGACCUAGGAGACCCUGAGACUAUAGUACUACUAUAGUACUACUAUAGUACUACUAUAGUACUGGUACUAUAACCACUCUCUGUCUCCCACAGGUACACGUGAGUGCGUCCCAGCUCUCCGUGACCCUACAGGAUGACCUAGGAGACCCUGAGACUAUAGUACUACUAUAGUACUACUAUAGUACUGGUACUAUUACCACCGUGUGUCUCCCACAGGUACAUGUGAGUGCCUCCCAGCUCUCCGUGACCCUACAGGAUGACCUAGGAGACCCUGAGACUAUAGUACUACUAUAGUACUACUACUAUAGUACUGGUACUAUAGUAGUAGUACUGGUACUAUAACCACCGUGUGUCUCCCACAGGUACACGUGAGUGCGUCCCAGCUCUCCGUGACCCUACAGGAUGACCUAGGAGACCCUGAGACUAUAGUACUACUACUAUAGUACUGGUACUAUAGUAGUAGUACUGGUACUAUAACCACCGUGUGUCUCCCACAGGUACAUGUGAGUGCCUCCCAGCUCUCCGUGACCCUACAGGAUGACCUAGGAGACCCAGAGACUAUAGUACUACUAUAGUACUACUACUAUAGUACUGGUACUAUAGUAGUAGUACUGGUACUAU